GGUGAGCUUAACAGAGUGGCAGCCUUUCGAUUGGUUGGUAACACUUGGGCCAGGUGGCAACGCUUUGUCUCUCUAGUCGCCGUGUUUGGUGUAUACAAUUUUAGUAAAAAAGACACAUAAUUCAAUCAAAUCUGAAAAAAAUAUAAUCAUAGAGAACUCGCAAUUGCAAUGCCUUCACUAGAUGCAGACGUGUCCAAUGAUCAGUUCAACAAUGAACAAUCGAAGCCAAUGUCUGGUCCAAUUAUUGGCAUCAUUUACCCGCCGCCGGAAGUCAGAAAUAUUGUGGACAAGACAGCCAGUUUUGUGGCACGUAAUGGGCCAGAGUUUGAGGCACGCAUCCGGCAAAACGAGCUGGGCAACCCAAAGUUUAACUUCUUGAAUGGAGGCGACCCCUACCAUGCCUAUUACAGACACAAGGUCAACGAGUUUCGCGAGGGGAAUGAUGCCGGUAUUACCGCAGUAACCGGCCUUAAGCAGCUGGCAGUGACCAGUGCGGCUCAGCAACGGCAGCAGGAGCUGUUAAAGCAGGUUGUGGAACAGCAGUUUGUUCCAAAAGAACCGCCAGUGGAGUUCGAGUUCAUAGCCGAUCCGCCCUCAAUUGCCGCAAUGGACUUAGAUAUUGUCAAGCUGACCGCUCAGUUUGUGGCCAGAAAUGGACGACAGUUUCUUACCAAUCUAAUGAGCCGGGAGCAGAGGAAUUUCCAAUUUGAUUUCCUACGGCCACAGCAUUCGCUCUUUCAAUACUUUACCAAACUAUUGGAGCAGUAUACCAAAGUACUGAUCCCUCCAAAGGAUCUGAUUGGCAAGUUACGUUCUGAAAGCGCUCCCGGACGCUCUAGCAUGGUUCAAGUGCUGGAACAGGUUAAAUAUCGUGCUAAUUGGCAACGGCACCAAGAGGCUCAACGUCGCCGCGAAGAGGAAAAGAUUGAACGUGAACGUGUGGCCUACGCACAAAUAGAUUGGCAUGACUUUGUUGUGGUAGAGACGGUGGACUAUCAACCGUUCGAGAGCGGCAACUUUCCACCACCAACCAAUCCCGAUGAGGUCGGCGCUCGUGUGCUAAUGGAAGAGCGGCUGUUGGAGGAGGAAGGUGAUAUCGAAAUGCAAAUUGAGUCAGACGAUGAGGACGACGUUCAAUUGGCAAGUCACCUGGAGAGUGGUGUGAAGCUCUCGCAAAUGGAGAACCGUGUAGGCAUUCAAAUGAAGAACGCAACAGCUUAUGGUCAACCGGUGAACGCCAAGCGGGACAACACACAGGUACAGGAUAUGGACGAGGCAUCCAGUGAUGAGGAGACGCCAACCACAAAGAUGCAGCCAAGUGUAGCUCCCAUGCUGCCUCCCACGCAUGACAAGGUUGUGGUUAAGAAAUAUGAUCCAAAAGCUACCCAACCCAAGCCCGCACCGGUGGCUACAGACGAAUACCUUAUAUCGCCAAUUACGGGCGAGAAGAUCCCAGCCUCCAAGGUGUCCGAGCAUAUGCGCAUUGGCCUUCUAGAUCCACGCUGGGUGGAACAGCGUGACAAGCAUACCGUUGAAAAAAUCAACCAGGACAACGUAUUUGCUGCUGGAACUGCGAUCGAGGCAAGCUUGAAACAGUUGGCGGAGCGACGUACAGAUAUUUUUGGUGUGGGCGACGAGGAAACUGUCAUUGGCAAGAAGCUUGGUGAGGAGGAGACUAAGAAGGAUGAUCGAGUCACAUGGGAUGGCCACACAUCCAGCGUCGAAGCGGCUACACGGGCAGCGCGUGCUAAUAUUACGCUUGAAGAUCAAAUCCAUCAGAUACACAAGGUGAAGGGUCUGCUGCACGAUGAGGAGAAGGAAAAGAUUGGACCCAAGCCAGUGGGCAACAAGGCGACGCUAUCAGCGCCCCCCCAGCCAUCCUCAUCAUCGAAGAACCAACACGGCAAUCAUCCACAUAACCAGUCACAGCACCACCAGGGUGGAGGUGGCGGUCAUCAUCACGCACCUCAGCACCAUCAUCAUCAAUCGCAGCAACCUCCAUCGUCGCUCCAUCAACAUCAUCAACACCAGCAGCAGCAGCAGUCGCAACACAACAUGCCGCAGUCCGCCAAUCCUGUGAUGAUGAUGCAGAGGCCUCCCAUGAUGCCAACACCAUUUGGUGGUGGUCCUGGUGGCUACAUGAACAUGCCAUCUGGCAGCGGACCACCGCAGAUUUCUCCGGCGCCGCCAGUUGAGAUGAUUCCUAUAGAAGAUGAGCCGCCUACUAAGAAGAUGCGCUCCGAAGACAAUCUAGUGCCCGAGGCUGAAUUCAUAUCACUGCAUAAGAGCCCUGUAACCAUUCAGGUGCAAAUUCCGAACACGGAUAAAUCGGAAUGGAAGCUAAAUGGUCAGAUGAUUGCCGUCACCCUGGCGCUAACCGACCCUAUUGCCAACCUCAAGGCAAAGUUGCAGGACGAGACGGGCAUGCCACCUGCAAAGCAAAAGAUAUUCUACGAGGGCAUGUUCUUUAAAGACAACAAUACCAUGGCCUUUUAUAACCUGCUCAGCGGCACUACGGUCCAUCUGCAAGUCAAGGAGCGCGGUGGACGUAAGAAGUAAAGCCCUCACUCAUUCUAAAAGAAACUUCAGCAUUUUAUUUGUAAAAGUUUAUUUUUGUGAAUGCUUUUACAAUCGUUCGUAAUAAAAAAAAUGGUCAAUCACA